AGGUGUUAACACCGGGAGAGGGGGGGCUAGGGGCUGACGGGCAGGCCGGGAGCCAAUCACAGGCUGCACAGGAGCGUUGGGCGGGGUUGUGUGGGUGGGAUCUGACCUUCCGGCUGAGCAGGUUGAUUGGGCGGGUGGUGGCAGGGAGGAGGAGGAGGAGGGAGUCAGGGAGGCUUGCUGCAGCCUCCUCAUCCAGACUCAUCAUUCUCCUCACAGCAUCUGUGGCAGAAAGGGAUGUUGGCUCCGUGCACCUCCUGCGCGCUCUUCUCCGCUUCGAUCCGGCACUGAGGAGGCGACGACUAGAGAGGCAGAGCGAAGAGGGAGACAGGAAAGCCUUCCGUAAGAGAAAAGUUAGAUAGGAGUUGUGGGGAGAGGAGACACCAGACAACGGCCGGCAUCUCUCAAAUGGAGUGGAAUGGGUUUAAGAUGGGGUCGACAGAGACACAGUGGCGUCAGGCAGAGCUCCCACAGCUCCAGGGCUGGGCAGAGAAGGGAUUGCUGACACAGCCAAAGAUGGCCUUUUCCCAGAUCAUCAGCAACAUGGAGGCUCCGGUGACAAAUGGCCCCAGCGGGGGAGGUACCACGGCCAACGGCCCGACCAACAACAGCCGCGGCUGCGCCUCUCCCAUGCAGACCGGCCCGACGAACGACGACAGCAAGACGAACCUCAUAGUGAACUACCUGCCCCAGAACAUGACCCAGGAGGAGUUCCGGAGCCUGUUCGGGAGCAUCGGCGAGAUCGAGUCCUGCAAGCUGGUUCGUGAUAAAAUCACAGCUGAAGUCUCAGGGCAGAGUCUGGGCUACGGAUUUGUCAACUACAUUGACCCAAAGGAUGCAGAGAAAGCCAUCAACACAUUAAAUGGACUCAGACUUCAGACCAAAACAAUCAAGGUGUCAUACGCGCGACCCAGCUCAGCCUCCAUCCGUGACGCCAACCUGUACGUGAGCGGCCUGCCCAAGACCAUGACCCAGAAGGAACUGGAGCAGCUCUUCUCCCAGUACGGACGCAUCAUCACCUCACGGAUCCUGGUCGACCAGGUUACAGGCCCUGCAGGUGGCUCCCGGGGCGUGGGCUUCAUUCGCUUUGAUAAGAGGAUAGAGGCAGAGGAGGCCAUCAAGGGCCUGAACGGCCAGAAGCCAUCGGGCGCCGCCGAGCCCAUCACGGUCAAGUUCGCCAACAAUCCCAGCCAGAAGACCAGCCAAGCCCUUCUGUCACAACUCUACCAGUCCCCCAACCGCCGAUACCCAGGCCCCCUCCACCAUCAGGCUCAGAGAUUCAGGCUGGACAAUUUGCUUAAUAUGGCCUAUGGCGUAAAGAGGUUCUCUCCCAUCACCAUCGACAGCAUGACCAGCCUGGUGGGCAUGAACAUCCCCGGCCACACCGGCACCGGUUGGUGCAUCUUCGUGUACAACCUGUCCCCGGAUUCCGACGAGAGCGUGCUCUGGCAGCUGUUCGGCCCCUUCGGCGCCGUCAACAACGUCAAGGUGAUCCGUGACUUCAACACAAACAAGUGCAAAGGCUUCGGCUUUGUCACCAUGACGAAUUACGACGAGGCGGCCAUGGCCAUCGCCAGCCUCAACGGCUACAGGUUGGGCGACCGCGUCUUGCAAGUCUCCUUCAAGACCAACAAGACACACAAGUCCUGAACUGUGCCAGGUAAAAGCGACGUCCGAAGAGGAAGAAGAAGUAAAAAAAAUGUAUUGCCCCCAACCCCCGCCCCCAACCUCCACUCAUUCCCCCAAAGCCGCCACAGCACCACCACCACCACCCUACUGCAGCCAUCCGACACAGCAAACGCCAACCGGAACACAAAGAAACCUACAAACUAAUUGAACUAGAAAUGGCUUAUAUCAUAACUUUGGACCUAUAAGCCAGUGUUGCCUAAAUAAUACAAAAAUGGAAUGAUUAAAAUGUUCACACGUUUUUUGGAAGCCCCUGUGAUAGUACGGAGCUUCUCUUUAUUGUGUAUCCUUUCUGUUUGUUGUGGUUGUGUUUUCUCUUCUGUAUAAACAGUAGCAAAUCCCUGUAUGCCCUUAUUUCAGAGAAGAGAAGGAUCUUUUUAGACUUUUCUCUGUCUUGAUUCAGGAUUUGUUUUUUUCUUCUGUAAAUCCGGAUCCACUGUUGUUAGUAUUAACGCCUCCCAUCAGUGUACGGGAGGGGAGGAAGGGAGCUUUUUUUAAAUUGGUAAAAAACCACUCAUUCACUUUUAGUGUACAUUUAAGAAUUUCCCCUCGUCGGCUACAUGUGGGAUUAAAUAAUCCCAUUUACUCAGAUGUAGAAAACGAAAAAAAAAAAACAGAUUUCUAACAUUGUUUUUGUUUUGUAUCGCAAACAAAACAUGUCUUUCCUCAGUGGGUUUCAGGGACACAGGGCGCGGGAGGGGACGGGUUCCUGUUCACAGUAAUUUAAGAAAAAAAAAAAGAAAAAAAAAACCACUGUUGCCAAAGAGAAGAAGAUCUCUUUGCUUGGGAAAAAAAUGCGUUUAGAAAAAGAUAAAAACAAAUAGAAAGAUCUAUUUUUAUAAAUGAUAAUUAAAAUAAUAACUAUUGAAGCAUUUUUACGAGAAUCUGGAUUUGAAGAAAAAAAAUAUAAUAUUUUGACUGGCUAACUGGGGGGACCGGCGGGUGGGAGGGGGCACCACCUUGUCUUGUUGUUCUGGUACUUUAUAGAAUCAAAGGUUGUUUGUUUUUUUGGGAAUCAAAGUUGGUUUUCUAGACGGAAGGUUUUGUGAAAAGGGAUGCAAACUGAGGCAGGCGAUUUUGGUAAUUUUUCACAUAUGUACUUGUGCAUAAUUAUUCAAACAGCGAUACCCAAAAGGAAGGGGAGAGGGGUCUUUCCGAGGCCUAACCAACCUUAUACUUCAGUGCCCAAAGCAUUAAGACCCUUUUGUCCACGUUUGCUUUGUCAUCAGAUAAUAUGGGAAAUUAGUAACUAGGUAUCUAUCCAUUUAGAGAGCAUCAUUUUCUUGGUUUUUGAGAAGCGAUCAACAGUAGGUGCUAAUACCACAUUAUUCACAUAUCUUAAAUAUCCAACUUUGUUGUUCUAUGUGUUGUUUAAAGAAAAAAAAAGUACUUUGAUGUUAGCAUUGAAUUGAGCUGCUGUUCUUCGUUUGGUAUUCGUUUCAUGUCGGCCCGGAAAUCUGAUGUGACUUUUUUUCUUUUAGAUUUUAUGAAUUUGGGGCCUUGUAAGAAUCACUGAUCAAAGUUUGAUUUUUUUCUUAAAAAAAAUCUUUUCGAAUUUAAGUUUUUUCCGUUUGGCUUGCUGACGUUUAGGUUAUUUGCUGAGCGUGAAACGUUUGUCAAAUGCUGAUUAGCUAGUUCCGUUAGUCUAGAUAUUCGUUUCCUUAAAAAGGAUCAAUGAGAACUGUGUCUUUAUUUGCUGUGUACAAAUAGAUGAUAUAUAUAAAUAUAUAUAUAGUCUACAUUUGUUUUACAAUAUCUACUGUAUUAUCUGAGUUGUCACUGUUCUUUUGUUUGAGCUUGUCUUUUUCAUAUGACAAUUUAUUAUGAAGUGGUGGUUCAGUUACUUAGAAAAACUUGUGAGGAAGCUGUUCAAUUGUUGUCAUGUUGCUUGUGGAGAAAAAAUAAUAAUAAUUGGAUUAAUUUUCAGUUGCGACAAAAGAAACCGAACACAGCUUAGAGUAUAACUGUAUUCGUUUGACACCUGAUUUACUAUUUAUCUCUUUUUUACAAUAUUUAUUUUCUAUUUAUUCUCUAUUUAUUGAUUUGUUAAUUUAUGUGUGUAUUUAUUUGUUUAAUUGUCUGUGUAAUUUGUGUGAUUCUGGUACAGGGAGGGGGGCGUUUCUGAGCAAAAGGGAACAAAGCGACUAUAGUGGAGAGGCUCUUCCAGUAGUCCACUGCACUGAGAGAACUUUUAGUACGUUUGUGCUUUCUACCAAUAUAUCAAAAUUACACUAUAAAAAAACCUAAAAGUCAACAAAACUGAAAAAAAUGUCUGGAGGGUCGGGGGACGCUCUUCCCUUAUUACUAGAAACAGUUACUCGCUAUGCAUAACCUAGUUAAUAGUUAAAUUUGCUAUUGCUUUUUUCUUGUCUUGUUAAACUGAAAUCUUUAGAUCUUUUUCAAUAAAGUUUAGUCUUGAUAGAAUGUUAUAAACAGUCGUUCUGGUUCAAUAUAACCUGUGAUAAGUUUGUGUAGUUCUAAAAAGCCACUCCGUCCACACCCUCCCUCCACUUACUACCGCUUUGUGAUGAAACCUUAUGCAAAAAUGUGGGUCUGAACGCAUAGUUUCCGUUUGUAUUUGUUUUUUGAAAACAGCUGUUGGAGGCUUGGGCACAUUCUAUUCCAAAAAAAAAAAAAAAAGUUAAAAAAAAGGUGGUUUUUAGGGUCAUGCAUUGCACUGGACUAAAUCGAUUGAAAUCACGUUAAGAGGUUAUUUUUACGAACCGUCAUCAUGUUUUCCAACAAAUCUUUUAAAGAACUAAGACGUUAGCGUUGCACACCAACUGCUUUUUGCGGCAGCUGUCUAAGAAAUACUCUGGAGGGAUUAAAAAGGGAUCGUGCUGAUUCUAUAUUUUAUAUACUCGAAUAUGAAAUAUAUUAUAUAUUUUGAAAGGUCAAAGGGAAUAUUCCAGACGUAUAAAUAUAAGGAAUUGGAUUUCUUUUCUGUUCGUUUGUUUGUUGCUAGAACUUAAAGGAGGUGCGUGAAGAGCAUUUGGGACGCUCAUCCUUCUCAUGUCUCACUCAUCCGACGGUCAUCAUCAGUUCUAACCAAACGAACCAGACCCCUUCAUGCUCCCCGUCCCCCGGCGGGAGCUUGAAUUAUGCAACGACCCCGGUAGAAUGUUGGGAUGUGUGGGUUUCCUACUCUGUAAGACUUUUGGAUCUUACGACGCGUGCCUGUGUUCCGCCUAAACCCCGUUUGCACGACUGAGUGUUUCCGUUGGUGUGCAUGUAACCUCCGAUGUCUUCUGUGCACACGUGUGCGCGUCUCCCUGAGUGCAUGUGUGACGACGAUCAAAGAAUGAGAGUGAGUGAGUGAGUGUGCAUAUCAGGGUGUUUGAAACAUGGGGCUGCGUCACCUCGCUCCAUGCCCGACCCCUAUGGCUCACACCAUCCCCUGUAGCGCCUUAUAGUGGCAGCCUGCCAGUAGGAACAACUCAGCCAGUAGUGGAGGAGGGAAGGUGAACAGAGGAACUCGGCUCUUCUUGUCAGUUUUCAUUUUCCUCCUGAGACGUGUUUGUUUACUAUCUGAAAAAUCUAUAAACGAAAUCUUUAAAGACAAAAAAAGACGAAAAAAUCUUCACGGGGCCCCAUGACUCGCGGCUCCCUCUACUCUCUCCUGCUUAUGUUAUUACUUAACAAUUAUCAAUGAUGAUUAUUAUGAUUAUUAUUGCUAUUAUUCUUAGUAUUCUUAUUCUUAUUAUUAAUCCAAUUACUGCGAUGAAUGACUUCAUGUUAUCCUUGCUAGUUUAGGUAAUUUCUGAAACUGGAAACAAAAUAAAAAUCUUGCUGUAAAUGUUUGUUUUUUCUUUUUCAUAAAACUGUUGUGUUUGAAUUAUUUGUACUUUUGAAUGUUGGGACAAUAAAAUGAGGUGUUAAGAGCUCCAA